AUGGACUCGGUACGGUCCGGCCCGUUCGGCCAUAUAUUCCGCCCCGACAAUUUCGUGUUCGGCCAAUCCGGGGCUGGGAACAAUUGGGCGAAGGGGCACUACACCGAGGGCGCGGAGCUGGUCGACUCGGUGCUGGACGUGGUGAGGAAGGAGGCGGAAAGCUGCGACUGCCUGCAAGGCUUUCAACUGACCCACUCGUUGGGCGGUGGCACCGGUUCCGGGAUGGGUACCCUCUUGAUCUCGAAAAUUCGCGAGGAAUAUCCGGACAGGAUAAUGACCACCUUCUCCGUGGUACCGUCACCCAAGGUGUCCGACACCGUGGUCGAGCCUUACAACGCGACCCUGUCCGUCCACCAGUUGGUCGAGAACACCGAUCAGGCUUACUGCAUCGACAACGAGGCCCUCUACGACAUCUGUUUCCGCACCUUGAAACUCUCCACACCGACUUACGGUGAUCUGAAUCAUCUCGUCUCGGCUACGAUGUCGGGCGUGACCACCUGCCUCCGAUUCCCCGGCCAAUUGAACGCCGAUCUGAGAAAGUUAGCCGUGAACAUGGUCCCGUUCCCGCGUCUGCACUUCUUCAUGCCGGGCUUCGCGCCGUUAACCUCGCGCGGCAGUCAACAGUACAGGGCGCUAACUGUCCCGGAGCUGACCCAACAAAUGUUCGACGCGAAGAACAUGAUGGCCGCCUGCGACCCGAGGCACGGACGUUAUCUCACCGUGGCCGCCGUGUUCCGCGGCAGAAUGUCGAUGAAGGAGGUGGACGAGCAAAUGCUCAACAUCCAGAACAAGAACAGCUCUUACUUCGUCGAGUGGAUCCCGAACAACGUGAAGACGGCCGUGUGCGACAUCCCGCCCCGCGGUUUGAAGAUGUCGGCCACGUUUAUCGGCAACUCGACAGCUAUUCAAGAGCUGUUCAAGAGAAUUUCCGAACAGUUCACCGCCAUGUUCAGGAGAAAGGCGUUCCUUCAUUGGUACACGGGCGAGGGUAUGGACGAGAUGGAGUUCACCGAGGCCGAAUCGAACAUGAACGAUCUGGUGUCCGAAUACCAACAAUACCAAGAAGCCACCGCCGAGGACGAGGGAGAAUUCGACGAGGAGGAAGAGACGGAGAAGUGAGGGACGGGUUUUAAUCCGUUACCCGUUUCGCGGCGGGCUCCUUCUUCCUGUUCUCUUGAUCCUCGACUUGCAAUCCGACCAACAACAUCCGCAAAAUCCACGUGAAGAGAUUCGCUCGGUCGAACCCUGCAAAAUAUAUAUAUAUAUAUAUAAAUGUAUGUACACUUUGGCGGACGAAACUUUUUAUCUUUGUAUCGUAUUUUUUUGACGAGCUGGUUUUUUGAUUUGUACAUUUGAUCUUUUUACAUUUGUUAUUUUCGAUGAAUUUUUACGUAUAUCUAGACACGCACACGCAUGCGCGCAUCUGCGCGCGCACGAAUACACACACUCAUGCGCGUGCCCACUCGCGCGCGCACACAGACAGACACACUCUCCUUCAAAAAAAUGCUCGCAUGAUACGUAAUAAUAUGAUAUAAAUAUAUUUACACAUACAUAUACACACGCGUGUAUACAUACCUUGUAAGUAAUUUAGAAAAUGUUGUAUUAUCUUUGUUGAACAUUUAAUAGAUAUUCUUUAUGGCAUAAUAA